CUCUCUGCAAAUCUGUCUGUGGAGAAACACACCUAAGGAGCCCCUGCUGCGUGAGCUGGAGAGCAAGCCACCGCUGUGGGGAAGGAAGCACAGAGAGAGCCAGGGGCGGCACGGCACGGCACAUCACGGCACAGCACAUCACGGCACGGCACAGCACAUCACGGCACGGCACAGCACGUCACGCCUGCCCGGGCAGGAGUCUGAUCGCCUCGCCAUGGCUCCGGGUGCCUUGAAGAUGAUGUGGGGCAGCAUGGAGGUGGCUCUGACCGGCCUCUACGCCGUCCUGCUCUGCUGCGGCCCCAUGGUGGCCGUCUGCCGCCAGGUGACCUUAUUCCCAGCUGUGUUAACUCGCCCUGCAGGCGAAUCAGCCACCUUCUUCUGCAACAUCUCUGUGGAGAGCGACUCUGUCUCAGAGUACAGCCUCAAUUGGUACAAGGAGACCAACCAUAGCCAAGCCCAAAAAAUUGCUGAGAUCAGCCGGAAUAACCCCCCGAUGGACACAGGGAAGUACCUGCUCACCAACCACACUCCUGCCUUCAAGAUCGAGAUCCUGAACCUUCACCAGAAUGACUCGGGCUCCUACUACUGUGGACUGAUCACUUUCUUUGAACCCGAUAAAGUGAUGGAGAGCAACCGGUCCCACCUGGUGGUCACAGCAGCCCCUCAGAAGACAAACGCCACCGACGAUCCUGAGACAGAGGAAAACAAUCCCCCGGACCAUGUCAAGGCCAUGCUCCUGGGCAUCCUGCUGCUGGCUGGGGCGGUUGUGCUGCUGAUCUUUGGCUACCUCACUGUCACAUACAGGAGAGGAGAUGUGCAGAAACCACCAAGUGAAAACAUGCCAGCGAAGGAAGAGAAGCCCCCCAUGGUGUCUGUGUCCACUGUGGACUAUGGCGUGCUGGAUUUUCAGAGGGACAAACGCAGCCAGGUGCCUCCUGAGACCCAGCCUGUUGACCAGACCGAAUAUGCCACCAUCAUCUUCUCAGAGGAUAAACCUGUCACGCCGGAGCGGGGGAAGAAACACCAGGACGAGAAGACUCAGCAGCUGCAGUUGCAGCCCUGCUGAGGGUCAGGGUCCCUCCCUGCCGAGGGGUGCGGGCAGGGACAGGGUGCCCCGGCCCCUUGCUCCCACUGUGGUUUGGGAAAAAAUCCAGUGUGCAAGGACCAGAGUGACAGAGGCACCGCUGCUGGAGUUGGUAUCGGACAGUCCUGGCCACAGUGGGAUCAUGGCCAUGGGGUGGGUACCAGGGGAUGAGGAAGGUCCCUGCUGCGCUCCAUGUGCCACCUCUUCACUCAGGGCAGGGAGGAUGGGCUUGGGGCAGAGCAGCGAUGCCCACAGGGCUGGGCCAAAGGCAAUUUACAACCCACCUCGGUUUUCUACUUCUGUCUGUGGCUUUCCAGAGUGGCCACGCUGCUUCCCUCACCCGGGUCUGACCCAACUGACAAAGCACGACUGUGGGAGGAAACACUGGAGGCCAGUGCUGGAGUGGAUCCUGGGAGAUGCCACUUGCAAGAGCCUGGGGCUGAGGGCUUCUCCUCACCUGGGGCAGAGACUGCCUUGUGUACUGCUAUUUAAAGA